UAGGUUACCAAUAUAUAUUUGCACGGCCUUAUUAAAUUAUACUUUAAACUAUUUUAAAUGGAUUUGUGCGUUUUUAUGCUUCUCUUUUAGAACGUAUAGCUGAGAUUUUUAUUAUAAUGAUAACAUAAUUUAAAGUAUUAAUGUUACUGUAGUUAUGUCAGCCAGGAGUAGUAAUUAUUAUAAGUGCAAAAUUUACUAAUCGAAAAUAAAUAAUUCAGGUAGAGGGAAUUAAAAAAUAAUUAACUUGUAAUAACUGUCUAGUAAUCUGUGACUAAUAAGCCUGUCAAACAUAAAAGUUAGAAUUAACUUGAACUUAAGUGUUUUGGCAAUAAACAGCUCUAUUAAAUUUUAUUAGGCUGAUUUUAUAUUUUAAUUAGCACUAAGCCAUGCCUUCAAUAUUGCUUUACCGAUCUCAACUACAUAGUGUUCUUUCUGUAUUACUCAAUUACUUUCUUUAUCCGUAUGGGAAACCAUCAAAUGUACCAUCCGUGUUCUAUCCUUCUGCCCUUUGUUGGUCUACUGUUGAUCUAAAGAGUUGAGUUCAGUAACGAUCUUAUUCGAAUCCUUGUGUCGUGGGGGCUUUGACGACCUUUUUUUUGCCUUAACAUCUAGAUUUAUGCAAAGUAUUUGUGUAUCACACAAAGCUUCUGCACGCGUGGAAAUUUACCUAUACUUAUCAUAAAGCACAUAUUUAAUAUAAUUUUAUACAUAUAAAUUAUUUUUCCAUAACUUUUUAAAAUGUAUAUGCAGCAGACUAUUAACAUUAUUGUGUUCCCAGAAAAUUUAUUAAAGAUAGAAAGAAUCCUUGAUAGGGUUAUCUUAAUACAGAAAAUUCCUUAAAAAAUUACAUUUUCAAAAUUACCUUCAUGAUUAAUUCAGUGUAACGAAAAUCCUUAUGUAAAAAAGAAGAUUAUUAAAAGUCAUUCCUUAUAAUAUUCUCCCAUUAUAUGUAGAUUUGAGCUUACGAAUAUCAUUUACAUUGAUAUUCGUAAGCUUCAUUUAAACGAUACUAGAAGUAUUGUGAAGUCUCUGUACAUUGCGUGGUCGGGCGGCAAUGGUAUCACAAGAGAUCAAGCAUCGCCGGUGAUGUAUAUUGUUAAUCUGGAAGUGCAAUAUACACGAUAUAUCUCGUUCCGUCUCAACUCAGCGUGUCUGGUUAGGUUGGUAGUAGAGAGUGGCAAUAAGAAAGAAAGAAGAAUAUACUGAAAAUGAAAAGAUACAGGUCUUUGUGUAAUAUCAAAAGCGAAAUUAUAUUUUUAAAUUCUUCAAACUUCAACAAUGUCUAAGCUUAAUAAAACUUACAGUGCUAAGGGUCAAUUCUGUAGCAUUCACUAUUAAAAAAACAAAUCGUAACACAAAACCUCUUCCUAUUUUGAAUUCCGCUGAAAUAAUUUCAAAAUUAUAACAACCAAAUUACAAAACCGUACGCUUUUAAAAAAAAAACAAGUUGCUCUUGCUACCCACCUACUAACAUCUCUAUCAUUAAUUAUAAUAGGCAUCGAUUUUAAUUUCGCAAAAUAUAAUUUAAAGCUGAAUAUUGAAUGGCUGAGCUUUUCAAAAUGGCGUCUUUUCAGAGUAUUAUGGGUGUUUCAUCAGAUGACGGUGCAGUAUUAGCUUCAAAACAUAUUUUGAUGAUCCACCCCUCACGAUUCUAUUUUUCGAAAAUAUGUUUUUUUUUUAUCUUGUUUGCAGUAUAUAUCUGAUAAAGCUUUUUAAACCCGCUGACUAUAAAAAUACGGAAUACUAGACUAUGUGUAAAAAAAACAAUACGGUCAAAUUGGGAAAUAUAAAAAUCGUUUCUUUUAUGAGAUUUGACUUUUAUUCGACAAAUGAAGGUCAUGUUACCUUAUUAAGCUACUUUAGUUAAAAAGUUCCAAAUUAUUAUUAUAAGUAGAACAAAAGUUCCACUGGCCUCCCCACUUUUAGUUCAUAUUCCAUGUAUUUUAAAAACCAGGCUGUAUCUUGGGAACCGUGAUAGCUAGACAGUUUAAGUCUUUACAAAUAAUGUAACAUUCUAUACUUAAAAGUGAAGUACGGUCAUAACUUCGUUGACAUCAAUUUUAGCAAAUAUCUUUAUCUUGUUGCGAGUCCGUCCCUGAGGGUUCCGUUCAGGGACCGACUCGCACUUGACAAUAUUAUUUCGAAAAAAUGAAAAUUAUUUGAAAUCUCUCUAAAACUUACAAAGAACCAAAAUGUCUAUAACCAUUUACAUCGUCUUUAACUAAAAGUUCUCUCGCGCGAGCUUUUAGUUACAUUUUUCAUAACAAUCAGCGCAAGAAAUUCCUAACCUAUAAACUCUGAAAGCAAAACAAUUUAUUUUUAAUUCAAAACCACGACCGCACCUAAACCACCUUUAUCGAACAAUAACAAUUAAAUAAAAGUCACUCGCCACCCAUGAUGUUUAUAAAAAACAAUUUUAAACGAAGGUAAACUCGAUGUAAGCGAGAAGAGUGAAAAUCUAAACAAUACGAGUCCGUAUCGAUAAUCGAUCGAUUUCAACGAUUAUUAUAAACAAGAAAAUCGAUUGGUAGCACACUACAGUGGAUACAAACCAAUGUUAUUUUAUAAAUAUCGAGACAUUACGUUUAAGAUUAUAUUCACCUCUUGAUAUAAAAGCAGAACGAUUAUGUUUUUUAAUCAUCAUUCUUUUAUUAUUGCAAGUGUCUUCGUCCCAGUUAAAGAAAGAUUUUGUUGACAAUAAACAGAGAAUAACUGUAAACAAGGUUUAAAGUGAAAAUGACUUAACAAUAUGAAAGCAUAAUUGACAAAUUGCAACCUCUUUUUUAAAGUUGAGUUGCACCAAGUCACAAGAUACUGUAACAAAAAAAAACUGAAUUUAAAAAAACUCUUCAAAACAAAUCAUCAGUGAAGCUUUUCAACUAUAUAGCUAUCACAGUAUAUGAGAUACAGCUUGGUGAGAGACCGACAGAUAGGCAGAAAGACGGACAGACAGCCAAAUGGACCGACGAACAGACGACCGGCCGUUAGUAAAGGCUCCGCUUUAACCCUUCGGGUAUGGAAGGCUGAAACGCGAAAAAUUGUAGGGCUGGUGUUGCUAGUAUCUAAUACCUCCCUAAACGUAAUAUAUUGUGAUUCAAUGCACCUUUUGUAAUUGUCAUUAUCUCGCCGUGGACACAUGAGCUUGCCGGGGGAAGUACCCUCAAUACAAAUUAAUCACUGACGCAAUAGUGUUAAUCAAUUUAUCACAGACAAGCUGUUGCGCGCGACUUCGUUCACGUAGCUAUGAAGAUCCGAUAUGGACACCAAUGGUGCAACUACCUCCAGUGGGUCCGGAGUCGGCACUGAACUCAAACCCGGGUGGCGCCGCGAAGCCGCCGCUCAUCAACUCAUUCGAGCUGGACCGGUGUUUGGACCGGGAGGAGUCCGGCAGGUGGGGCGGCGAGGCGGCGCGGCGGCGCCGGCGCAGCUCGCCCCCGCGCCGCGCCUCACCCCCCCGCGACCAUGAGCCGCUUGCUCUCGCACGGGCUUCAGCCCCCACAUCCCCGCAGGGCUCGGCGCACUCUAGCCCCGCACCGGUGUCCCCCGCGGGCAGCGCGGGCGGCGCGGGCGGUGCUCGCUCCCCACUGCCGCUGGUAGGCCCCGACCUGCUAGCCAUGCAGCUGCUGGACCAGCAUACGCAGCUGCAGGCGCUCAUGAAGCAGCGUCUGUUCCAUCAGCAUCAUAUGCAGAAGCAGCACAUGACUUCGGAGGCUGCUAAGCGUCAGCUGGAGCAAUCACGGCUGCAGGACCAGAUCAAUCUCAACUUGCUCUCACAAUCCCAUCUGCCACCGCCAGACACCUCGCCAGGUUCUCUGCAGCAACAGCUGGGGGCCCAGCAGCAACAGUUGGUGCAGCAGCUGCAAGCGGUGCAGCGUCAGUACCUGAUGCAUGGCCCGCUGUCUGUGCCACCGAAUGCACCACCAGGCCUGAUGUUGUGGGGAAGUGAGAUGGAGGAACACCCUCUGUUUGGACGCGGCGUUUGCAAGUGGCCCGGCUGCGAUGCUCUCGCUGAAGAUUACCAGGCCUUCUUAAAGCACCUGGAGGCCGCUCACACGCUGGACGACCGGUCGGCGGCGCAGGCGCGCGUGCAGAUGCAGGUGGUGGCGCAGCUGGAGCUGCAGCUGCGGCGCGAGCGCGACCGCCUCGCCGCCAUGAUGCGGCAUCUGCACGCCGCGCGCGACACCACGCACCACCAGCCCAAGCAUCCCCAUGAUUUUUCAGGAGGUGCUUCCGAAGGGGCUUCUCCUGGACCGGUGCGACGCCGCGUAUCAGACAAGUCAGGCGUCGCCAUCGCAGGAGAGAUACAACGCAACCGCGAGUUUUACAAAUCGGCUGAUGUGCGACCGCCGUUCACUUACGCUUCGCUUAUCCGACAGGCCAUAAUAGAAUCUCCCGACAAGCAGCUGACUUUGAACGAGAUCUACAAUUGGUUCCAAUCCACAUUCUGCUACUUCAGACGCAACGCGGCCACUUGGAAGAACGCGGUCCGCCACAACCUGUCGCUGCACAAGUGCUUCAUGCGCGUGGAGAACGUGAAGGGCGCCGUGUGGACCGUGGACGAGGUGGAGUUCUACAAGCGGCGCCCGCAGCGGGCCGCGCACGCGCACCCGCCGCCGCUGCACGCCGGGUUUAUGGGAGCUCAGAGUCCGCCGAUGAUGACCAGUCCCCACGGAUACAGCGAAGCUCUUAAGAGAAACUUGCAGGGAAUGAUGGAAGACUGCAACCUGUCGUACAUGUCUGGUGAGGAUCACAUGAUGCAGUCUGAGGACUACCCAUCCUCUCACGAUGACUACAGCCGGCCUCCGCUGAUGAAUGGCUACGGCAGCAGCAGUUCUUCUCAUGAUGUGAAGGCUGAGGACCUGACCAGCGACGCUCAGGACGUCAAGCCCAACAUCUACGCACUCAAGAACGAGAUGCAGGCAUCUGAUUAUUCUAAUAAAGGUGACUAUUCAAACUCGAACAAGGAGUCAUCAAGCAACCGCUCGGGCGAGACGAGCCCGUACGACUACGAGCCGCGCGAGGACCGCUACCGGCCCUCCAUGUCACACAUCAAGGAUGAGGCCGAGAACCUCUCCCUCAACGAACAGAGAUCUGACAAGUAAACCCACCACCAACACCACCACCACUCUGCAACCCCUGUACACAGCGUGCAAGUGAAGGUGUCCCACAGGGAGUGUACUCCGACCAGUACACACAAACACUCCAGUGUCUGGCGAUUAUUAUCACAGUAUCUAAUACUAUAUUAAUUACGGGUGUAGAUCUAUUUCAAGUUAUUAGAAAUGGUGUUCUAGAAAGUGUAAUGUGUUCACUGUUGGAAGUUUUUAUAAUAAAAAAGAAAUAUGGACGAUCUCGAAAUGAGGAAUUGUAAGUUAGAGUUAACCAAAUAUUUUUUUUCUUUUAUUUUUUAAUUGACCCGGUUUUAACGGGAUUUGAAGUAUUAUAGGUUUUAUGAUUCUUUCUAUGUUUAGUUUCCCAUUAGGUUUGGUAGCUGACGUAGGCAUAGUGUACUAGCUAGUAAUAUUUAUAGAGUGUAAGUGUUAGAAGGAUUUAGAUGGAACGGAUUGCGCAAAUAAUCAUUGAAUUCAACGAUAAAUAACCUUAAAAGGUCCAUAUCAAUAUUUAAAUAAAAAAUAUUUAAUCAUUAUUUGUAAUAUACAAGUAAUAAGAACAAUAAGUAGUAAUUAUUGGUAUGCUAAAAUAAGUUUUAAUAUACGCCAAGCGUUUCAGUUGCCCCGGCAUUGCGUGCACAUAGACGAAGAUCUCAGAACAUUUUGUUUUCAAAAACACCAGAUAUAUACCACUUUAUAUUUUUACAUAAUUAUUUUGUGAUCAACGAUCUGAUGUAAAGUAAACGAGUAAUUUUUUAUUUUGGAGGCGUGCCAUGAUUUUUGAUGGUACCGUUUUAUUACUUUAUUGAUUCCAAGGAAUUGUUUCUAGCUUAAGUUUAGGAUGUAAAUAUUUAUCAUGGAUUGUAUAAAUAAAUCUUUUUGAAAAUGGUAAAAUUUUAGACGAGUGUAAACGUUCACUUAACUAUUGCAUAUUAAAUCGUUCAUGUUGUAGAGAAAUUUAGAGGAAAAUAAAUACUUAGUAGUUAAAAAUAAAUCACUGUAUUCUGAUAAUCGAUUUUCGUUUGUUAUUCGUGCAUUUUAUCGAUUUUGCAUUUACUAUAAAGAUAUUGUUAAGUACGUAUUAUGUUGGGAUUAUGUUACUUUUUCGAUAAAUAAAUCGAAAAGGGUGAAAAUAACCAUAUCACACAUUAUAUGUAUACUUAUAACGUAGUACGAGUAUGAUAAAUGUAUAUUCAAUGUCGCAAUAACUUUGGAAUUAAAAAUGUAUACAUUAGAGAUGUAGGAGUCACGUUUUUAUUAUAGCAAUCAUGUAAAUUGCAAGUUUUACCUGAAGUUAGGCUACGGUGACUGUCAGAUGCCAGAAAACAUUUUCGAUAAAAGACGUAAUAUAUUUAUUUGAGUACACAUCCGCCUAAGGAGACUUCCCGCCGUUUACAUUUCUUCUCACCGUAGCCCAGCUUUACAAAUCCGUUUUUCACACGCAUUCGUCACAACCUAUAGCCAGUAGAUAUAUAAUAUAUACAUUUACUUCCUACGUCUACUAUAUGCGAGUUUGUAAGCCGUAAUGCGUCAAGUUCUCGCUGACUGUAAUAUUAUUUGCCAUUUUGUAACCGAACGUGUGAACCAACUUUAACAGUUAAGUACAAUUGUUACGUAUUAUUAAACCCAUUUCUGUGCACGAAAACUUUGAACAUUAUUAUUUUGGAAUUGAGAAAAUUAUUUUAAUGGAAUUAUUAUUUUUUUAUUGUUUUUUUGGUUAGGAACUUUGUUUCCCACUACACCGUAUACGAUUGCUGUUAGUUGUAUGUUGGCGCUUCGUGUAAGUUCGGCUGCGGUCGUGCGUCCUCGGGCGGUGUAGUGCGAACCGGUUUGCGUUCCGUUUUACGUGGAAGGUCAGCAGAAAGAGUGCUUUGUUGUUUGAUGAGCGGCUGCUGCGUGCUCGAGCCAACACGAAUACCUUUAUUGAUCAUUGUAAAUUAUACUUACUUAGUGUUGUAUUAAACGAAAUCAUUACAAUUA